UGCAACUGCAACCAUUGGAGACAUCGUGGAACAUGUGGGAACUUUCUUGACAGGUGUCACGCACAAUAUUUUUCCUUUGAAUUAUUUAUUGUUAUGCUUUUGUUGUGAGUGUAGCAUUAUCCCUUUUCGUUAACGUCCGAAAUGUCCAUUCAUAUUUUAAAUAAGUUUCAAUUUGUUAGGAUAGGCCGCAUUGUAGGAAGCAGAGGUCGUGUCCACCAGACGUUCCUGCACCCAAAGAAUCAAUGGACCAGCACAACCCGCUUCAGUCAUCUGGGCAAGCUGAAGGAAGGACCCAGCAAGCAAGAUGCGCCCUUGUGGAAAGGUGUCGUGACCAAGUUUGUACCCGUUGGGAUCUGUCUGGUAGCCGUUAUGCAAUGGAGGGCAUACAGGAAGCAGACCAGCGAUCGGAUCGCCUCGCAAAUCGAAAUUGAUUCUUAUUGCAUGCUGCCUCUGAAGACAAUCAGCAGAUUCUGGGGAUCAAUUGCAGGUAUACAUUUACCAGAGUUCCUUCGACCCUACGUCUACGGCAUGUACAUUAAUUGUUUCGGCGUCAACUUGUCCGAAGCAAACAACGAAGACUUAAAAUCAUACGCAUCGAUCUCAGACUUCUUCGUACGAUCUCUCAAAUCAAACAUCAGACCUAUCGACGAGAAAUGCGACCUGGUUUCUCCUUGCGACGGCACAGUCUUGCACAUAUCACAUGUUGACACAGGAAAAGUUGAACAG